AUGGAGCUGAAGCACGCCAUCGACGACAGUAAAAAGACAAAAUGGGAGGAACUACGGGAAGAUAUAAACAGAGACCCCUGGGCGCUAGGGCUAAAAUCAAGUGAAGAAAAUUUGAACGGAAACCCUUCCAUUUAUUGUCUAAUUGUACUGCUUGAUCCAAGUGACUCGCAAAUAGCGUUGAAAGUCAAAACAACCUGGUCCAAUCAUUGCAGUCGCGUGUUGUUCGUCAGCGAGACACAGCACGAAGUGUUAGAGCCGUUGGUCAUACGUCAGCCGAGUCCCAUACGCGAACAUAAAUGGCAGCGUUUAAAAUUGGCCUUGCGCUAUCUCUAUGACAAUCACUUCGACGAGGUUGACUGGCUCCUCAUCUCCGACGAAACCAACUAUGUAGUUUUGGAAAAUUUACGCAAAAUGCUGAAACCUUACACCCCCAAUGAACCCAUUAACUUUGGCUGCAAGAUGUGGGAUAACGAUAAUCAGACUUAUAUGCAUGGCGGCAUAGUGCUCAGCCACGAGGCCUUGCGGCGACUUGUCGUCAAGGGUUUCACUAACUCAAGCCUUUGUAAUCCGAACGAUAGCGCUUACGCCAAUGAGGAAAUGGGCAAAUGUCUAAAAAACUUAGGCGUGGUUGAUGGUGACAGUCGAGACGCUAUGGGACGUCAGCGCUUUAUACCUUUCCCUCCUGAACAUUUUCUAACAGAGUUGUCGCCGGAAAAGGAGGAAUGGUUUGUGACUCACUCCUUUUAUGAAAUCAAUGCUACUACGAACAAAUUAUCACCGGAAGCUAUUUCGUUUUCGGAUGUUUCUCCGGCCACAAUGGUUACUCUGCAUUAUUAUAUUUACAAAUUGAGAAUAUUUGGCAGAAAAGUAACAAAUCACUUAGGAAACAACACACAGCUUUCUUAGUUUAAAAUGUAUAUAAAGAAAACAGAAAAAAGGACUAAGUACAUGUAUAGCCCUACAUUUUAUACCCUUGCUACUUGCAAGAAUCAAAGCCCGGAAAACUUCUUCAAGUGCUGGAAAAACUUUAUAUUAAAAAUGUUGAGAAAGAAUUCAAAAUUGUUAAAGUAAAUAUAUAGUAAAUGUAUAGUAUAUAA